AGCCGCAGCAAACGCAGCAGCUAGAGAGUAGGCAACAACAACCAGAGCAGCAGCAAUGGCUAAUGGCGCAAGCUCUGCUGCGUCCUCGUCAGGGACUAAUGGGACUCAUUUGGGAAUGCCAAUAAGUUCCACAAGUUCCACGGACACUUCCGGUUCAACAGGUUCUAGACAGUCUUCUAGUCAAAUGGUGGGCUCGCAGUUCAGCCCGUUCACCCCACGUGAAAGGGGGCUCAGGGAGAUCCAACAGGUCGAGAGGCUCCGCCAGCAGUUAGAGGAGGAUCUGAAGAAAGCAGCCGAUAGAGAAAAAGAGAUAAAAAGUAGAGCGGCCAGACUUGAUACAUUAGAGGCUGAGAAGGCUGCGUUAGAGGGAUUGGACGAAACAGGUUUCUCUGACCCCCUGAAAGUGUUGAAGAACAACAUGUUGUCACUGCAUGCGCACGUAGACAGCAGGAUGGACUUCAUGCAGAGCACUUUGGACCAGAUCCUGGGUGCAUUGACAAAGCCAGGAUUCCGGCCACCAGCACAAUUGCCGUUGCCAUUAACGGCGAUGUCAGGCCCCUUUGCCGUACAAGUUGGCACACAACCAAGUGGUACGUCUGCAGCAGUCGCACGGACUGUUGCAUCUUCUUCUUCGGGUCCAGCGGUGGGAGCUACACCACCGCAACAACCUGUUCAGCAAUCUGGACAGCCGCAAGGUCAAUGGUAUCCCAAGACCCCAAUGAAACCGCCUCUUGCCUUCUCAGGCGAGAGAAAGGACAAGGAACUCAACACAUGGUUGAGGACGGUCCCGGUUUGGGUGAAGGCCAAAAGGACCUUGCCUGAGGACAAAGUGGUAACUGCUGCAUCCUACCUUGAGGGUAAGGCAGCCAAGUGGCUAGAUGGUGUAGUUGUGAAGGCCGGGUACGGGCGACGCAUGGCGGAUUGGGCUAAGUCUUUGACUUUAGACCAAUUAAUGGAAAUGGUAGAAGCUCGAUGGCAUAAUCCGCAGGAGGUGCAAAGGGCCACUGAUGCCAUUAACAAACUUGACCAACGCAAGUUCAGGUUAGUUAGGGAGCUUACGACUACCGUUGAGAGCCUGAUCCUCGUCCCAGGCAUCGACUACAGUGACCAGUUCCUGCUAACUACGUUUGUUAGAUGUUUACCAGAGAACAUCAGGAACUUAUUGGCCAGCGAGGCACGCACUGUGUACCAUUCGUUUGAGACACUGUCUAGGAAGGCCUUAGAUUUAGAGGCCACUCUAGGCAAUGCUCAACCCACCUCACAGAGUGACUCAAAGAAGAAGAAGAGUCCUCAGGAGUGGAAGAAGAAGGGAGCAAAGUUGAUGAUGGUUGAGUCUAAUGGGACUCAAACUGAGAUUGACGAACUCUCUGACCUGAUGGACUAUACAGAGCAUGACGGCGAGGAGGUAGCUGAGGGUAGCACCCUUGCCGUGGUAGUAAAGACUAAGGCACGUGGCCGAGGGAAGGGUCAACCUAGGGGUCAAGGGAAGGCCGCCUCCAAUCAGACCAAACAGGCUGAGUGGGUAAAGGCAGGUCUUGAUCAAGACGUGUGGCGUGACCGCCGAAUGCGUGGCGCUUGUAUCAACUGCGGAGAAUACGGACACACGCAGUGGAAGUGUCAGAACGCUAAGGACCAGGUACGGCACCUUAGUAGACCUGUAGCAUCUACUUUGGCCAACAAGGAGCGCAUGAUUGUAACAGACUACGUCAAGGACGUAGUUUGUACCUUCUCCUAUGGAGGAGGUGAGCUUAACCAUAAGAUCUCGUUCUUGGUUAGCGACGACUUGCCAUUUGAUAUGUUGUUAGGCAUGUACUACCUCGAAGUUGCUGAGCCCCAGUUUGACWGGGAUAAGAAGGUGCUCAAACAUAAGUUGCCCGAUGGCCGAACUGUCAGAUUGACUAAGUUCAAGGCCAGCAGUAUAGUAGAUACCUAUGGCUGCUUGUAUGCAUCAGCGUUCUACAAUUACUAUAAACAGAACCAAGAGGAGGGUAUGUACCUUGUUUAUGUCUCUGAGAAGGGGGAGGCCGUUAAAACACCCCCUGAGAUAGAACGCGUCGUUGCUAAGUUCACUGAUCUGUUCGAGGAGCCCACAGGAGUUGUUGAAAGGGAAGUCGUCCACGCUAUAGAAAUCAUUCCAGGGAAUAAGUUUGUCGUGGUCUACCUAGACGACAUUCUGAUCUUUAGUAAGUCUGCCGAGGAGCACGCACAACAUGUUGAGACAGUACUCUCACUCCUGCGACAACACAAGUAUAAGGUCAACUUAGAGAAGUGCGAGUUUGGCCGCACUAAGAUACUAUACUUGGGUCAUGAAGUAUCCGCGGAAGAGAUUAGGCCGGAAGAUGCGAAGGUGGCUAGUAUUCGAGACUGGCCACGACCUCAGAUAGUCACUGAGGUCAGAUCUUUCUUAGGAAUGUGCGGCUACUAUAGGAACUUCGUAAAGAACUAUUCUACAACCGCCUCUCCUUUGACAGAUCUAACUCGACUUGACACGCCGUGGGACUGGAGUGAUGAGUGCGAAGGUGCUUUCAAGCGAAUGAAGCAUGCACUCAUAAAUCAUGAACUUCUCAUGGUUCCCGAUCCGCAAAAGCCAUUCAUAGUGACCAUUGACGCAAGCCAAUACGGCAUUGGCGCAGUGCUAGCUCAGCAGGAUGGGAAAAAGUUGAGACCGAUUGAGUACAUGAGCAAGAAGAUGUCAUCGAAGAAGUUGGCUAAGUUGCCGCGCGUAGUCCCAGCUAUGGCGCAAGGUAAGUCCGUCGCUGCAGGCGCAGCAUGUAACACUUUAGCCCUUAUAAUAAAAAAAUGCUUUUUUUCAAAGAAGAAGAAAAAGAAGAGGUGGAGGUGGAGUAGUAGGAGGAGGAGGAGUAGGAGUAGUAGGAGGAGGAGGAGUAGGAGGAGGAGGAGGAGGAGGAGGAAGAAGAAGAAGAAGAAGAAGAAGAAGAAGCAGAAGAAGAAGAAGAAGAAGAACAAGAAGAAGAAGAAGAAGAAGAAGAAGAAGGAGGAGGAGGAGGAGGAGGAGGAGGAGAAGGAGGAGAACGAGAAGAAGGAGAAGCAGAAGAAGCAGAAGAAGAAGCAGAAGAAGAACCAGAAGCAGAAGCAGAAGAAGAAGAAGAAGAAGAAGAAGAAGAAGAAGAAGAAGAAGAAGAAGAAGAAGAAGCAGAAGAAGCAGAAGAGGAACAACAACAACAACAAGAGGAGCUGGGUCCCCAAGGUAGUGGGUAUGCUUGAGGAUUUAACACCAUCGACAUCGCAGCUUGUUGCAACUGUGAAAGCUCGGCUUCUGAGAUUCAUGAAGAGAAUUUCGUUCAUGAUGAGGGAGGAUCUUAGACUUGUCACAGUUAACUCUAUCAGAGGAUAUUCAGAGCUCUGGGAGGAAUUUGCAUCAGACGGGAGGGUAGAACAGCAAUGUCAUUUUCCUCAUAAUGAAGACCCAAGGACUGUACCUGUUAUUUUGGUGGAGAAAUCAAGCAAUGUUCCAGGUGUUGCAGACUUGGAGGAAUCUCUCAAUGACAGUGGUGGGCAGCUUAACAUUGGAGAACAGACUUGUCUGAGGCAGACCAUGAAACAGAUGAGCAGCCAUAUCCGCAGUAAUCCCCAAAAGGAUAAUGCAGAAGGAUCUGGCACAGCAUUAAACCAAGCUAUCCCUUGUUCGAUUGGGCGUCAUGUCAGUGUUCCCAUCAAUCUACAAAAUGAGAGCUUGUUACAACAGACUGGUGCUGGCGCAAGCAUGACUGAGGAAAGUCCCAAAAAGGAUGACAUUCUGCAACCACUCGAUGGAAGUAGAAUUCUCCAGACAGAGGCCAACAGUGAAACAAUUAGCACAGCACCCGCCAUCGCAAGCCAGAUCACAAAAUCUCUGGUGAUGCCAGUUUCCCAAGAAGUGAGCCAACUAACUGCUGGAUUGCAGCAAGAGCUCAGAGGGCAGUUUAUGACUCCAAUGUUCAAGAUCAAAUUCUGUGUAGUGGAGAACAACUUCUCCUAUUGCCCAACACUAGAGGAACUGAAGGCAAAGGUGCUGGAUGUAUUUGAUUCCAUCUUACGGAACAUUCAUGGGAUUGAGGAUGUCCAAACACGGAUAGCGGUUUUAUCAGACACUUAUGAACAACUGGACAUCAAGACUGUUGGGAGGAGCGAUGAGGUAUCGAUUGCAGCUCGGAGUAGAAUUGAGAGCAUUCUUCAGGAAAGCCUUAUGGGUCCUCGUAUUCUUGAGAUGAAAUCUCAGAGGUAUGCACCGCUCCUCAGUAGCAUACCAGCUGAGCUCAUCCCGGGUUCUGUGCACCAGCACGUAGUUACGAUGAGCCCGGAGAUCACAGAUAACUACAGCCUUAGGGCUAUGCUGAAGGAGGGUCUGAACCAUGUCCCCCUGAAAGCAUUGGACAUUGACGAGGCUCUCUACGAGAUGGGGCAGCUUCUGGACAAGGUGGCGGAUACAUCACAUGACAUCCUGCAACUCAGUGACAGGAGGAGGAGGCAGGUGAGAAAACUGGCGCUAGAUAAGGCUAGAACAAAGAUGUGCAGUUACUGGAACAAGCACCGUCAUGUCUCUGUCGAGCCCAUCGAUCAGGCGAGCAUAAAAAAGGAGAUCGAAUUCAUCUCCAGGAGGUUCCUGGUCUUAGCCACGGACAAAGCUGCCAAUACGCCAACGUACGUCUGUGUCAACUUCAUCAGAGAGCUUGCAUUGCAAAUGUUGUCCAGCCCGGACUUCGUAUUGCUACAUGAGGAGCCAGAGCUUUUAAAAGCAGCCAUGCAUGCAGAGACAACGCAUCUUGAAGCUCUCCCUCGUACCGGAUCAACACUUCCGUAUCUGAUGGCGGUCUUCAAAGCACAUAAGCGCACCUUCCGGUGGAUCACAAACACAGUCAACUCAUCAGUCUCUGCAAUGGCCGAGUUAUGCGCCUGUCUGCUUAGCUUCCUGGUUCCCUCGGUUCGAGAAUUCUGCAAAGAGAAGAGCAUUUUAUUGGAAGCCGAGUACGGAACGAAACCCAACCUAUGGUGGCCAGUCUCGUCGAUUGGCGAAUUUGCAGCCAGCAUUCCGCAAAUGGUAUCAUCCGUCUACACGGCUGACAUUACCAGGUGCUUCGAGCUGAUCCCUACGGAUUCGUCGGAGCAUAGCUUGGUCGCUGCAGUAAAGUUUUUUGUAGAGUGUGCCAUGGCGCACAGACGCGACAGGAGCCCACGGGAUUCGAUCAAGGUCAGGGUCACGGAUGGGGGCAGUAUGUUCGCGUCAUGGACGGAUAAGCAUCUUUGCCCCCCUGAGGACUGCAUGCAUUUCACGGAGAAGGAAGUUGUUUGGGUAUCGGAGUGGUGUGUCUCACACAGCCUCGUGCAGAUGGGAGGGGAGGUUUGGAAGCAGGUACUGGGAAUACCGAUGGGGCUGGCCUGCUCACCGAUUUGGUGCGACGUCUAUUUUUUUGAGUACCAGGCGAUGGUCAGGAUGUUGGAGCAAGGCUUGUACGAGUUGGUCCGAUCCUUCAGAGACACGUUUCGAUAUGUGGACGACAUUUACUCUCUGAACAAUGCUACGGUCGGAGACUGCUUCAGACUGGAUUGCGACCAGAGUGCAGAUCCCAAGUGGAUCUACCCUGCUGAGUAUAUCGAGAUUAAGGAGACUACUAUGCUUAAGGGAGAAGACGGGCAAGGCAUCGUCGCCAACUUCCUCAGCAUGGCGAUCUCGGUUUCCUCUGCCAAGAAGGGAGAAUUCGCGACGGCGAAGAGCGACAAGAGGCAUGACGUGGGCUUUGAACCUUGCAGGUACACGAGAUUCAACUCGAACAGGAGUACUGCGCAAUCUUUGCAAAUCAUCACCGCGCAGACUGCACUGAUUCUGAUCCUAUGCACCGACCCGACGGAGGCUGCGUCCGAGAUACACCAUGUGGUAGCCGGGAUGAUUGAGAAUGGAUACGAGUCACGCAGGAGCCCGAGGUCGAAGUGGGCAGAGGGGAAGUUAGCUGUUAGUGUAGAGUUAGCAGGCGGCCACAGCCGCCAGAGAGUCAGCGAGUUAGUUGAGUGGGUAGGUCUAAGUGGUGAGGAGUGGGACAGUUUUGUCGUGCACCUGGACACCAUGGACGACUACCCGAUGUACGGCUUGCUCAUGGGGUUCUCCCUCUGGGGGACCCGCUGGCGUCUUCUCUUUCCAUUGGGAUUCUGGCACACGAUUGCGUGUAGAGUAGAGACGAGGCGUGGUGCGGGCACCACUCCUUACACCCAGGCGCAGAAGGAGGAGGCAGCGAAAAUUCUGGCCGAGCAGAAGGCCAGGAAGGAGAAGGAGUUGGUCAAGCAGGCUAAGAAGAUUGCCCUGCAACAGGAGCAAGCCGCCAAAAUGAAAAAGUUACAGGAAGAGAUGGAGAGAGUGAAGAAGGAGGAGGAAGAAAAGAUGAAGGUUGUGGACACAGAAGAGGUGGAGGAAGAGAAGGAGAAGCAGACAGAAGCAGAAGAGAUUCCCUUGAUAAGAAGGUCACUGAGAAAAAGGGGGGAAUCUAGUGGCACGAAGGGGGACCCAUGGAUAGAGAAGAAGGUGACUGAGUGGGUUGCCAACUUGUCACUGGGGGAAACUGAGGAGACAAUGCUAUACGUUCCCCUAGACGAACAAGAGGCGGUGAUAAAGGAGAUCGAGGCCGAAGCAGAUCCUCUUAAACGUCAGACGAUAGAGGAGGAGAAGAAGUUGGAAUGGAGAUUGCGUUUGACGAGGGAGAAGAAGAGGAGGAUGGAGGAAGCUGAGAAGGUGGCGAGAGAAUUAAGAGAAGUCAAACAGCAGAGAGCUCAGCUAGAAGCGCAGGCAGAUACACAGGGGAAGAUGGAUGUGAUGGCGAGGAAUAUAGAACGCCUGGCAAAGGCCGUUGACGGGCGACAGUUCUUUGCUAGAAGCCAGGACGUCACGUUGCGAUCGAUCCGUCUAGGCUUUCGAGAGUUCGCAAGGGACAUGAUGGUCCAUGUAGGCACGAAGAUGAAAGCUAGACUAGAAAACACCGAGCGAUUCUGCACUUGCGCCAUUGAAGGUGCCAAGUUAGUUGCGCCUAAGGAGGAAGAAUGGCGUCCCCGUAGAGAGCCAGUAAAGGUGAAGUUCCCUGAUCCAUAUAGUGGGAAGAGGGAGGAGAACUUCGAUAACUGGGAGGCGAAUACGAAUUCAUAUGUUCACUUACAGAUGAUUUCCCCUGAGGAACAAGUCCUCAUCGCAUUCCACGCUCUUAGGGAUGAAGCCACCAGUUUUGCGAGAUCGCUCUGUCGUGCAGCCAACUGCAAUAACGACAUGGUCGCAUACUCUCAGUUUACACCCCUGAACGACUUCUUCAAGUUAUUGCGCGAAAGGUUUGCAGAUGUCACACGAAGCGUUAGAGCUUUUGACAAGCUGCAGACCAUCCACACUCGCCACUGGAAGAGCGCAAGGGCACUCAAAGGUGUGAUGGAUGAGCUGGUCAUCGUCCCAGAACAUGGGGUCACAGAGACCCAGUUGGUCAAUCUGUUCUAUCGUGCCAUGCCCGAGUCUUUACGCGGGCACUUCUUUGUGAAGAGCGAGGUUAAGACGACCCGCCUGUUUCAUGUGUCAGGAGUAGAUAAGUCACUGGCGCAUUGCUGUCUCAGUGCUCCCGCAUUCGCGCGACUGGUGAGAAAGGAGCAGUUAGAGGAUCAAGUCUUCGUAGCUUAUAUCAGACCUGUCACUGAGCCUAAAGAGGACAGCCCCAUGGAUCCAACCAUCGCCAAGCUACUGCAAGAGUUCGAGGAUUUAACCGAGCCGCCAACAGGAGUAGUAACACGACCGAUCCAGCAUCGGAUAGAGAUAGAGCCUGGCAGUAGGACUCCUAAGGGAGCAAUUUACAGAAUGUCCCCAAGGGAGUUAGAGAAGCUGCGCAAGCAGUUAGACGCGCUUCUAGAGAAGGGUUGGAUUAGGCCCAGUUCGUCUCCUUUCGGAGCACCGGUUCUUUUUGUCCUCAAGAAAGAGGGAGAGUUGCGGAUGUGUACAGACUAUAGGGGUCUUAAUGCGAUUACAGUGAAGAAUGCAGAACCAUUGCCCCGUAUAGAUGAUGUAUUAGAUCGGGUGCAGGGCUGCAAGUACUUCUCAAAGAUAGAUUUGAAGUCCGGAUAUCAUCAGAUAGAGGUCCAUCCUGAUGAUCAGUACAAGACCGCAUUCCGGACUAGAUAUGGGCACUAUGAGUUUAUGGUGAUGCCCUUUGGACUAACCAACGCGCCAGCUACCUUCCAGCGUUGUAUGAACGACUUGUUUAGACCGUGGUUAGAUAAAUUUGUAGUCGUAUAUUUGGAUGAUAUCUUAGUGUUUAGUAAGACCCUCCAGGAGCAUGAGGGCCAUCUGAGGCAGGUCUUGGAGAAGCUGAGAGAAGUUAACUUCAAGAUGAACGCGAAGAAGUGCGAAUGGGCCAAGACGCAAGUUCUAUACUUGGGCCAUGUGUUAGAUGGAGAUGGCAUAAAGCCUGAGGAUAGCAAAAUAGCAGCGAUCAGGGACUGGCCGAUGCCCCGCACACUAACAGAAUUGCGGUCGUUCCUAGGCCUAGCUAAUUACUACAGGAAGUUCGUGAGAAACUUUUCUACUAUCGCUGCGCCCCUUCGCAGAUUGUUAAAGAAAGAAGCAAUUUGGUGUUGGGACAAAGACUGUACUUCGGCCCUGAAGAAGCUAAAGCGGGCCUUAAUAGAGUACCCAGUCCUCAAGGUAGCCGAUCCAUCAUUGCCCUUUGUUGUCACAACUGACGCAAGUCAGUAUGGAAUAGGUGUUGUGUUGCAGCAAGAUGAUGGCAAUGGGUAUAGACCCGUAGAGUUCAUGUCUGCUAGAAUGCCUUCAGAGAAGGUUGCGACAUCUACCUAUGAGAGGGAACUCUACGCUCUCAGGCAAGCCUUAGAACAUUGGAAGCACUACUUACUUGGGAGGCACUUCAAAGUCUAUUCAGACCACGAGACGCUGGGGUGGUUAAAGACUCAGGCCAAGAUGACACCUAAGCUUACUAGGUGGGCCACAAAGAUAGACCAGUAUGAUUUUGAGCUCAAGCCAGUGAAAGGAAAAUACAAUGUAGUUGCGGAUGCUCUGAGUAGACGAGCCGAUUACUUUGGGGCAAUAGUGCAUUACUUAGAUAUAGGAAUAGACCUGCAGCAAAGAGUCGAGGAAGCAUGUGCGCAGGAUCCUAUCUAUAGCGACCUCCUUAAGAGAGUUAAGGAAGCCCCGGAGACAAAACCUCAUUACCACACUACUGAUGGGUUGCUGUUUGAGAAGACUAACGUAGUUGACCGUUUGUGCAUUCCUAACAGUGAGGAGAUCCGUAGUUUGAUCCUAGGGGAAUGUCACGACACAGAGGGACACUUUGGUUGGCAAGAGACUUUAGCUAACCUCUCAUGCGCGUAUACGUGGUCGGGUAGAAAAGUUGGCUGCAUAGAUUCUCUCGUGAAGACGUUGGAGACAAUCAACAGUGCACAGUAUCGACAUCAACCUCAGGUUGCUGAUGAGGUGGUGAGAAGAUCUGAGAGGACGGUGCAGUUUCCAAUGAUUGUGGUGGAUUGCUCCAACAUUCAGAACUGGCUAUACAGCAAGGCGACAUCAAUAGCAGAGGCACUGAUGCAACAGAUACUGCACGACACAAACAAUAGCAACAUGGACCUUUGCAGCAGAUACAAAGAGAUUGAGGAUCGGCUGAAAAGUGUCGAAGUCGUCAUCGGAGGUGGGUUGAGUGGUGUCGUUAUGGAAAAAGAGGGGGCGGGAGGGAGCGGGCGCAGACUGGUGAUGGGGGUGGAGGAGUCGAUUGUGGUGAAGCAUGCGAGAGAGGAGGUCAGCAAGGGGCAUGUCGGGUUCGUGGGCGAGGGCGGUGGCAAGAUCUUUGUGGCAUACUCGCUUGAUGCGAGAGAUGAACGCAAAGUCGGGAAUGACGGUGGUGGGGAGGUGAUGGCAGAGGGAGCGGAUGUAUUGGACGAAGCGGUCUGUGGGACCGGUUUGGCGGAGGUGGCAGAAUUGUUCGAGGUAGUCGUCAAUGGUUUUCUGGGGGUGGAAGGUGGCAGCGAGAAGUUUGGCCCAUUGGAGGAAGGAGUGACGUGGUCCUCCAGAGGCUCGGCGGUUGCUGACUUCAGCCAUCCACCAUUUGGCGGCAUUGCCGAGGAGGCGGGAGGUGGCAAUGGGGAGCCAGGUCAUACAGUGUUGAUGUCAACAGGUAUGGCGGAGUCAGGGAAGGCUGGAGUUGAGAGUUCUGGGGAGACACCCCAGGUAAAGCUUGAGAUGAAAGUGCAGCCUGUAACACCUGUACCGCCUGACCCUUUAGAGGCUGAACUGCGGGACCAAGAGGAGAAACUCCGCUUGCAGACCCAGGCAGUUGAGAACCUAAAGGCAGAGCUCAAGAGGAAGGAAGAGUAUGCCCAGAAAGAGGCCAGAAGAAAAGUGUUGAUUGGAGAUAUGCAGAGGAUUAUGAGCCUCGGUACGACCAGUCAGGCAAGUAAGGACAUGGCAGAAUUCAUCCUUCUGCAGGAUGAGAUUCACCGGUCCUACUUUACUAACUGGGAUGACCGAAUCUCAGGACAAGCUAUGGGUGAAGGAGAUUCGGCUCGUCUAGGCAUUGCCACCGCGAGAGAACCUUCAGAGAAAUCCAAAAGGAAACUGGCAGCUGAAGAAGGCGAUGAGGAGAAGAAACCUCGAAGGAGGAAGACUGGUGAGGGGAUGAGUGGUGGCGAAAGGGCGGUCGGUAGGCAAUACGACGAAGCGGCAGCGUUUUGGCUCGAAUACGAGCAGAACGAUGACGGUGAGAUCGUGGAGAAGGAGCUCCCCAUUCAACUGUUCAUCGACCCCAGGAAGGUUUGUGACAUCCCGCCGAGGGAAAGAUAUUACAAUCACCACAGUCUCAUUCUCGAUGGUGUGGAGGACAUCAAGGGUGCGAUGCUAAGGCAGUUCCAUGAGGAAAAGGGGAAGAUCUGGACGAAAAACCCUUUGGUUCUAGCACCCAUCUACAAGUCGGUGACGCAUAAGCCGGAGAGAGCUGAGAGGGUUCACAAGGAUGUCUUCAAGCCAGAGGACAAGGACAAGUACUUCUAUUACCCUGUCAAUGGACAACACACCGUGGCUGCUAUGAAGGAGUUGGUCGGUGAGCCGAUAUUCGAAUUGUGGAAGAUGCACUCGUGGCCGGCGAGAGCCGUGUGGUUCUUCGACGAAGACUUUGAGGGGUAUUUGCAGGUCAGUCUCACAAAGAACACAAGACACAAGAUGUCUACGCAGCGUGCGCAGAAGGCCGCUUUCGAGGACAUGCGGGAGGCAUGGGAGAAUCAAGGAAGGCCGGUGGCCAUUCAAGGGAACCCUUCCGGUAAGGAGACUUCCAAAAGCUGCUUUUGGGAAAGAGUCCAAACGGGCUCACUGGACGAUGGCACGAAGUGGGUGCGCCAUAUGCAAAGGAAGGGCACUGUUCAGGAAGGCAACAUGUUGGUCGAGGAGUAUGAUCGUCUGUAUGUGGUUUUCAAUGGUGAGAACCUGGCAGACAACACGGUCGCAGUCUUCCCGGCCAGUAGUCCACGGAAGCCUCCUCGUGCCAAUGCUCCAAGUCCGGCCAAACCUGCGGUGACGGCCCACUCGAAAGCUGCCUGUUCAUCCGACCCGUCAGGACAAGUUGUGGCCUGUUUCGACGCCGCAGACGAGGACAGAGUUGGGCAAACUGUUUUUUUCUUCGGGAAGGCGCACGCGUCUACCGUGUGGGAGCUCCUCCGCAGCGGUCGGAACGUCGUUGUGUUAGAGGACGAGGCGAAGAUGAUCGAUUACCUUUGCGAGUUCGUCAAGACACAUGUGGGGGACCCUCGCCACCAUUGCUCUUUUGUCCAGACCACCGGCGAACGGAAUUGGGAUCCCAAACAUGACAUGUAUUGGAAAUUGUCGGAGAAGAAAAGGACGGAGGUUUGGGAGUUCCUUUUCCAACCAGGACCGCCUGCUCAGACCGACUUGGAAUACAACCGAUGGAGGAACCUGGUGUUCAGUGUGCUGAAUGGUUACCACGAUGCACCGAGGGAGUGUUCCUCAAAUUUCCUGAAAAAGUUGGAGCACGUUUUCGUCUUGAUGGCCGAACCGCUGACCCUCGAAAACUACAAGGCGCAGUUCGACAAGGAGGACCCUUUCGGCGCUGAGGACAUGGAGGAGAUAAGCGACUCCGAAACCUUCGAUUUCAAGUCCAUGCCACUUCCUCGGGUGGUUGCACAGGUUGAUGAUGAAGGGGAAGGUGUUCCUCGGAGAUAUAGCACGGACCAUGAUACCUGGGAGAAUGACAGGCUCUUCUUCUACGGAAAGCAUCACCGGUUCACGCCGGAGGAUGUCUGGGGCCACAACGUCGUCUGGCACCCCAGGAAAUUCCAACCUGCUGUAAAGACUGGAAAGUGGGUCAUGGCAAUGAAGAAAGCCGAUGGCGAGUGGAGUGGCAUGAACAGACCGGGAGCGAGUCCAUUUAAGAAAAAAGCGAGAGAAGCUCUGGUGGAGCAUUUGAGGGUUAUGAACCCCGACAGGAGCUUGCCGGACGUCAAUGUGUAUGCAGACCAAAAGCUAGAUGAGUUGUACGCCAACAGAGCGCCUUUCUACGCACUGGAGAUGGCACCGUCUCGUGGCAUUGACUGGCGCAUGCCGCAACCUCCGUCAGGUGGUCAGCAUCCGGGAGGCGGUGGGCGAGGUGAUGGAGGACACGACGCAGGACCCGGUGGAGGAGGUGACGGAGGAGACGGCUCAGGAUCUGGUGGUGACGAAGCAAAGGGGAAGGGGCUAGGCGAAACGUCAUCGGAACCAAAGGGUUCCGGUGGAAAACGGUCCGAAGAAAAAGGGUCCGGCGGAAAGGGGCCGGGCGGAAAGGGGUCGGGCAGAAAGGGAUCGGGUGGAAAGGGGUCGGGCGGAAAGGGGCCGGGUGGAAAGCGUAGAGCGUUCGGGAGUCACGAGUCUAGCGGAGCCGAAAGCCGCUGUGAAGGGAGUCGAGACUCGGGCAUGACUUUGUUUCACGACGCCGGCGAGCGCAAAGUGCUGGAGGGGCCCGUUGCAGGAGUGUUGGAGACCAGGCCUGGCGAGUAUGAUUGUUACACUUCGGAGGGUGCUUCCAUCGAUUUCCAGAGCAAGAGUGUUGCGGAUCCGGGGGAAAAGGAGCUGUUACAGAAUGCACAUGUUGUGCACCGGGAAGAGGAGACACAUAACUGGCCGCCUAGCAGAGUGCCGGAUGAUCUCGACGCAGGAGUGUUGGAGACCGGGGCUAGCGGGCAUCUACGUCAUCCUUCGGAGGGUGCGUUCGACGACUUAGAGAGCAAGAGUGCACCACCUCGGGGAAAAGGGGAGCUCUCACAGGAAGCGCAUGCUGCGCAGCGGGAAGAGGAAACUCAACAUUGGCUGCCUCACGAAGUGUGGGAGGGGUUCGAUGCGGGAGUGUUUGAGACCGAUGCUAGCAAGCAUCAGUGUCAUGCUUCGGAGGGCGCGUCCCGUGCGGCGGCAUCUGUUCAGGGGCCCACUGUAGGAGUGUUGGAGACAAAGGCUAGCGAGUGCGAAGGUCAUGCUUUGGAGGAGACGCAUGUUGUGCAGCGGGAUGAAGAGCUUCUCGAAGGCUCGUCUGGAAAUGCCAUCAACAUCGGGGACACCGAUUUGGUUUUGCACAGCGGGUCGCCACUGAUGACGCAAGAGGGUGACGUUAAGGGAGGUCAUGGGACGUUUGGGGAAGCUCGUAUUCGUGGCGAAGAGGAGGGCGAAGAAGAACCCGUGGUGGAAACUCGGCUUCAGGACGAUGAGGAAGGCGAAAAACCCGUAGGGGAAGCUAAGCUUUUUGGCGGUGAGGUGUCGGGUCGGCUUCAUGACGAUGAGGCAGGUGAAGAUACCGUGGGGGGAGUUCAACUUUAUGCUAGUGAGGUGUCGGUUGGGCUUCAUGCCGGUGAGGUGUCGGCUCGUAAGAUGGGUUCGGCGCGGACAGAUCAUGAUUCUCAGUCCAACAGCUGCGGUGAAGAGCAAGGUGAUCGAGCGUCCGCCCUCAGUUCCGGUCGGGAAAUGGUGCUUCAUGAAGCCGCGGAGUUGGUUAGCGACUCAACUGCCAUCAAGCUGGUUAGCGACUCAGCGGUGGUCGAGAUGCAGAACAUCGAAUCCUCUACGGACGUCGGCACAGUAGCGCGACAGGAGGCCGAUUCCCUUCGAUGGACUCUCGGGCACGUGUUCCUAGACGAUUUUUCCAUAAAAGGGUCGGUAAUGAAAGACGAGACGGAGGUCGCUCCUGGAGUGGGGAGGUUCGUGGAGCAACACUUGAUCGAUAUCUAUGCGAUUCUGGAGCAGCUAGACGAUGGUAAUCUGACGGUGAGUGGGAUAAAGAGCAGAUGAGCGGUUUCGUCAAUCAAGAUGUUAGGGUUUA